UAAGCCGCCACGCACAGCACGCACACGGGCAAGGCAAAGAAGGAAGACGAACAAAAAAAAAACCGCAAGUGGUCUACCGCAUCGCGAUGACGACGUUGAUAAUAGCGAAGAUAGUUGCGCGCCCGUCUAAUGCCAGGCGCUCGGACGUUUGGUUGUGUGGCGGUUCGAGUGGUUUUUCAGGUUUUUCUUUUUUGUGUUUUUCUGUAAUCACAUUCUUCCAUUCCCUCCCCCUUUGCUGAGAGAUUCGCCAUAUAAACACACUUUGUCUAAUGCUCUGUCAACGGGCUGCGUUCCUGGGGCACUUUGCUCGUCAGUACAUUCGCGCACUGCCGGCCAGAACGAUGUCAACAAAUAAGUUUGACCUUCCAGCGCGCUACCAGGGCGCGACCAAGAGUGUGUGGGUUGAGUACAUCCAGUUGGCGCUGCAAUACAAACCGCUGAACCUGGGGCAAGGUUUCCCGGACUACCAUGCACCGAAGUAUGCGCUGGAUGCGCUGGCCUCGGCCGCCAACAGUCCGGACCCGCUGGCCAACCAGUACACGCGCGGGUUUGGCCAUCCGCGGCUCGUGCAAGCACUGAGCCGGAUGUACUCGGGGCUGGUGGGCCGCACCAUCGACCCGCUGAACGAAGUGCUGGUGACGGUUGGGGCGUACGAAGCGCUGUAUGCCACGAUUCAAGGUCACGUCGAUCAAGGCGACGAGGUCAUUAUCAUCGAACCGUUCUUUGACUGCUACGAGCCGAUGGUGAAAGCGGCCGGAGGUGUGGCUAGAUUCAUCCCGCUCGUUCCGACUGUCACCGGGCGUACGAUAUCGUCCGAGGACUGGAAGCUGGACCCGCUAGAGCUCGCGAAGUUGUUUAACGAGAAGACGAAAAUGAUCAUCGUCAAUACGCCCCACAAUCCACUGGGGAAGGUCAUGAGCCGGCAGGAGCUGCAGAUGAUAGCGGACCUGUGCAAGCAGUGGAACGUCCUGUGCGUCUCGGACGAGGUGUACGAGCACAUGGUGUACGCGCCGUACCAGCACGUGCGCAUCUGCACCCUGCCCGACAUGUGGGAGCGCACGAUCACGAUCGGUUCGGCUGGCAAAACGUUCUCGCUGACGGGUUGGAAGAUCGGAUGGGCUUACGGGCCGGCCAGUCUGAUGCGCAACCUGCAGAUGGUACACCAGAACUGUGUGUACACGUGUGCCACCCCGAUCCAGGAAGCGAUCGCGGUCGGGUUCGAGAAGGAGCUGAACCAACUGUCCAGCCCGGAGUGCUACUUUAACAGCAUCUCGACCGAGCUGAUUGCGAAGCGCGACUAUAUGGCCCGAUUUUUGGAGGACAUCGGUAUGCAUCCGACCAUUCCGCAGGGUGGCUACUUCAUGGUGGCGGACUGGUCGAAGCUUGCCGAUAAGAUGGACCUGUCACAGGAGACGGAUGCGCAGCGGGACUAUCGCUUCACCAAGUGGAUGACCAAGACGGUCGGUUUGCAGGGCAUUCCGCCGUCCGCAUUUUACAACGACGAGCACAAACCGCUCGGGGAGGACUAUGUGCGCUAUUGCUUCUUCAAGCGGGACGAUACGCUCGAGCGUGCGGCGAACAUUCUGAGCGAGUGGAAGAACAGGACCAAGUCCAACUAGACACGUGAGGGCAAUGAUAGCUGCACGUGAUGAUUGGAAAUAGAGCCAGCAAAAAAUACAUUGCCAUUUUUGGUUACUAAUUGAA